GUUCGCUCAUCGUGUAUUUCACGUUGAUCAUUUCAACCAGUGCGGUUGAUCUAAUCGGUACUAGUUUAAGUCACAGCGCACAAUUUGCUUGAUUGCAUACUAAGAUUUCAAGAUUAAUCUCGGAUGAUCUGGUAUCACAAAUAUAGCUCGAAAUCAUUGUUGUGCUUUUUUCAUAAAAAACAUGUACACUGUAUCAAAAGGACCUAGCAAGAUAGUUGCUAAAACACGAAGAGCCAUGUGCCUAAGCCAGUUUUUCACAUGAAUGGGAAAUCUAAAUUCAAUUCGCAGAGGCAUCAAAUGCAAGAAGUUAUUACACCUCAACAUGAAGAACUUAUUAAAUUUGUCUAUGAAUAAGGAUGUGUGAAUCAAAGAAACAAGAAUACUACUUUAAUACAAUAAUAAAUAAAAGUCUUAUGGGAAUGGCAAGAAUACAUAAUAGUUUAAUUGCAUUGGAAGGAUGUAAUGCAAUCUUACGUAAAGAUUAUACAAAUAUGAUUGGAAAGGUGAAAUUAAUAUCUGGAGGUACAGCUGAAGAUGAAUUAAUAUAUCCAGGAUGUGUAGGUCCUGGCAUGUUAACAGCUGCAGUUUUAGGAAAUAUUUUGUCUGCACCUUCAGUUGAUAAUAUAUUAAGGGUUAUUGAAGAAAUUGGAGCCAAUAAUACUUCAGGUAUACUGGUAAUUGUUCAAAAUUGUGCAGAAUAUUCUAUAAACUUUACUUUAGCAAAAUUACAUGCUGAAUUGAAAGGAUAUACUAUUAAACUACUGACAAUAAAUAACGAUAUGUCAUACUUACGUCUUGGUAAUAGUAUUAAAGAACAUAAUUUUUUACCUACAUUUUUUAUAUAUAAAAUAGCUGGAGCUAUGGCAGAAGAAGGAAAAAAUAUAGAUGAGAUUUGUUCGUUUUGCAAUUCUAUUGCAAACAAUGGAGAAAUGGUAUUUCUAAAACAAGAUGGUUGUAUUGAAAAUGUAAUUCACGAAGAACAUGAAGAAAUACUUUCAAAUAUAGUUAAACAAAUGCUAGAACCAUUGAUAAAUAUAUUAAAUGCGACAUCACAAGAUCAAACUAAAACAAAUAUGCAUAGAACAAAAUCAUUUUGUGUUGGUCAUGAAAUUGCAAUUUUAAUAAGCAACUUUGGCUGUUGUCAAAUACAAGAAAAUAUAUUUAUCUUAGAACUUUUGCAUCAAAUAGAAAUAAAUGGAUUAAGAGUAAAAAGGAUAUACAUGAAAGAAUUUAUGAAAAGUUCAAAUAGUAGUGGAUUUCACAUUUGUUUAUUAAAUCUUUCGCUCACUGCAAUAUUAACUAAAUAUUUGGAUUUUCCAACAUCUGCAUCCGCUUGGCCAAUAACAAUAGAAACUGAAAAAAAUAUAAACUGCAGUGCUUUAAAUUUACAAGGACCAAUAAUGAAUUAUGAAACCAGUCAAGCAUUUUUAUCAAUUAUAUCAAUGGCAUGUGAAGCAAUAUUAACAUGUGAAAAACAAUUGAAUAAAAUGGAUCAAAAAAAAUGUGGCAAUGGAGAUUAUGGUACAAAUCUUGCACAUGGAGCUGAAGCGAUAAAAAACGCUAUUCAGAAAAAUGAAAUAUUGGGAACAAAUUUAUAUGUAACAUUUUCACAAAUUAGUCAUAUUAUUCAUAAAACAGUGAGUGGUAUACAAGGAGGAUUAUAUUCUUUAUUUUUUUACUAUAUUGCUCAGGCUUUUUCGAGAUAUCAAAGUGAUCAGAAAAUAACAGUAAAUAUAUGGUUACAUGUGUUAAUUACUGCAAAUAAAGCAAUUGAACCGUUUAAAGUAUUUUCUGAAGGUGAUCAAACUCUAUUAACAACUUUAACAGCAGUACAGAUAAAUUUACAAAAUGCAUUAAGCAAAAAUAUGGAUCCCAUUGAUGCAUUUGGAAUGGCUGUGAAAGCUGCUGAAAGCUUUACUACAAAUGUUUUAUACAAACAAUCUUUUUAUGAAUUUGAGUAUCCUGAUCCUCAUGCACAUUCAGUAGGUAUAUGGAUGAGAGCUGCAUAUGAAGGCACUAAAUUAAAAUUAAUUUAUUACAAUACAGAAUAAUAAAUUUAUAAUAAAUACCUAAUUUGUCAUAAUUCAUGUUAUGCAAAAUGUACUGUAUAUAUAUAUAUUAAUGAUAA